AACAGUUCUCGAAGGACUGGAAAGAGGUUCUUGCUUCAACAGUGAUUGGACGGAGCUUCAUCUGUGUCCCAUUCUAUUUAUUAUAUUUAAUUGUUUUUUGCACUUUACAUUUCUUAAAAAACAAAAAAGCCGACAAUAUCAGCCGAAAUGGAGCUUUCUCAGAUCCGUCAGAACUACCACCGCGACUGUGAGGCCGCCAUCAACAAGAUGAUAAACAUGGAGCUUUACGCCUCCUACACCUACACCUCUAUGGCCUACUACUUUUCUCGUGAUGACGUCGCGCUCGAGGGUUUUGCUCAUUUCUUCAAAGAGAACAGUGACGAGGAGCGCGAGCACGCGGACAAGUUUAUGUCCUUCCAGAAUAAGAGAGGAGGCCGAAUUUUCCUGCAGGACGUCAAGAAACCUGAGCGUGAUGAGUGGGGCAGUGGACUGGAGGCCAUGCAGUGUGCUCUGCAGCUGGAGAAGACGGUGAAUCAGGCUCUGCUGGACCUGCACAAACUUGCCCUUGAUAAAGGAGAUGCUCAUCUGUGUGACCUCCUAGAGACUCACUACCUGAACGAGCAGGUGGAGGCCAUGAAGAAGCUGGGUGACCACAUCACUAACCUCACCAAGAUGGAUGCCACCAAGAACCGUAUGGCCGAGUAUCUGUUUGAUAAACACACCCUGGGAGGAAAGAGUUAAAUCUGCCCCCCCAACCAGCAGAACCUCUGUUAAACCUAAGAGUUAAUGUGCAGUGAUGUGUGUGGAGGCUGCAACUUGAGCAUAUCUAUCCUGUUUGUCAUCACACUGUUUAAUAAAUAAUUUGAGCUGGA